AUGGCGGGCGAAUUCCCUCUAAAAAAGUGGGCGUCCAAUGACCCGAACAUUCUCCAAAACAUGCCCGAGGAGAAUCUUGCGCAACCGAGUUGUCGGACUUGGCUGCCGUACGAGAGUCAUUCGACACUGGGUCUCCAUUGGCACCCUCGUUCCGACACCUUCACCUUCACUAUUCCGUCUAUAGAAUCAAAACUAGCAACGUGUCUGAAGGGGUUAGAGUGGGACACGCCGCUGCCUCCUGAGGAUGGCGAAUACUGGAGAGCCUUCCUCACCGACUUACCACAGCUCACUAAGCUCCGCGUCCCUCGCUGGUGUCACUGGUCAACCAUCGCCCCGGUUGUGGAGUUGCAUGGAUUCGCCGAUGCUUCCGAGAGCGUUUACGCCGCCGUGGUAUACCUGCGGACGAAAGGGAACCCCGACGACUCCGACUGGACAACAACUCUCUUGACGGCUAAGACGAAGGUCACCCCCUUAAAACAGAUCUCUUUACCUCGGUUAGAGCUGAGUGCCGCUACCUUAUUGUCACGAGUGGUACAUCACGUUCAGAAAACUCUCGACCUAACUCAAAGGCCGACUCACUUGUGGUCCGAUUCGACGGUUACCUUGGGCUGGAUUCGAGGACACCCGUCGCGAUGGAUGACAUUCGUCGCCAAUAAAGUCUCAGAAAUCCAGACCAUGCUUGUCGAUGCUCACUGGCAUCAUGUGGCCAGUCAAGAUAAUCCCGCGGAUUGCGCCUCUCGCGGAGUCUCACCGGGUGAACUCGCGUCCCACCCCUUGUGGUGGCACGGACCGGGUUGGCUCGCUAUCGAGAAUGAGCCUUGGCGCUCGGAACCCGAGCAAAGGGAGACGGAACUCCCCGAGCAGCGCACGAGAACGCACCUAGCUCAAGGUCAGGAGGAGGAGCCGGAAAUUCUCGUCCGCUACUCGUCUCUCCAACGGCUUCUUCGGAUUAGCCUGGUGUCGACGAUGGUUAAUGGGGCAGUGACGCAAUCCUAA